GUGGUAGGGGUAUGUAAUAUAUAUCCCGAAGUUGAAACAUGGCGACUCAUUUCGGAACACCGUCUCCUUUGUGGGGAAAUGGUCCCCAGCCCGGUGGUUUGUAUCAAUUCAAUCAGAGCAAUUCGUCAUGCAGCAGUUUGGGAACACAGAGAACCAUGUAUCCAAUUGUAACUGGUACAUCAGUUCUAGGCAUCAAGUUCAAUGGUGGCAUAGCCAUUGCAGCUGAUAUGCUUGGGUCAUAUGGCUCAAUGGCACGUUUCCGCGACAUCUCUCGUGUAUUGAAGGUGAACGAGACAACAGUGUUGGGUGCUGGUGGAGACUAUGCUGACUUCCAGUUUAUACGAUCCAUCAUCAACCAGAGAGUUAUUGACGAGGAGUGUCUAAAUGAUGGCUUCAGCUACACACCCAGGAGUCUUUUCUCCUGGCUUACUCGGGUCCUCUACAACAGGAGAAGCAACUUCAACCCUCUCUGGAACGUCUUCGUUGUUGGGGGCAUGGACAAGGAUGAACCAUUCCUGGGUUACGUGGACAAGAUUGGUGUUGCCUACCAGUCAACUUCAAUAGCUACUGGUUAUGGAGCCUACAUUGCACAGCCAAUCAUGAGAGAUGCAGAGAAGAAGCCUGAGAUGAGCCAGGAGGAGGCAGAGCAGCUGCUGGACAAAUGUUUGCGUCUGUUGUACUACAGGGAUGCCAGGUCUCUCAACAAGUACCAAGUGGCCAUAGUGACAAAGGAUGGAGCAUCUAUUAAGGGGCCUAUAGUAUCACAGACCAACUGGGAGGUGGCUCACAUGAUCAAGGGCUAUGAAUGAGCUUCACAAGUCCCAGGGUUAAUAUCUCAUUGAAGAAAGAGAGACUUGUUUAACGUCACCAUUUCACAUUUCAUCCAGAACCUGUGCAAGCAAUGACAGGUUCUCCACGAUCAAGGCUGAUACUGAUGACUGGACACUGUUCAUCCCGACAUAUGUUAUAACAUUGUCAUUGUAAACAUAAAUAUUUGUAUCUCACAAUUUCCUUGUCUAUGUUGUUGACAUCUGUGUUAAAAUAAAUAAAAGCUGUAAAAAUAAAUUCAUUAAAGUUUAGUAACAAUAUUUGGGGAGUAUCAGGGUGGUGAAAAUGGGAGGUCGAAGUGGAUGUAGCCUGUCACGGCCUGUAGAUCGGAUCCCAGUUGCUAAGGUGUACUGUACGUCUCUCUUUUGUCAUGCUAAUAAAUUAUCAUUUGUUUA